UUUUUAUUUACUUGGGGAAAAGUAGCAUUUGUACCUUGAACCAGACCAGUAAGUAGAACGUUAAGUGUGAAGUGCCUACGCUAGAUUUAGUUUAACUUAAGUAAUGAGCAUUAUUUGAUAUGCAGUUUAACAUGGAUAAAUGGGUUCAGUUAAAUAAUCACGUCGCCGGCAGAGAUAAAAUUGCCAGGUUUGUACAAUAUGCCUCUAGAGCAGUUUGGGAUACUUUAGAGAAAAAAGAUUUAAGUCCAGCAUUAACAGAUAAUUUCAAGACAUUGGAAUAUAUACUGAGCACAUUCCGCAAAUUGUUACGUUUCGGUAAAUGUUUGGAUGUUUUUUAUGCCUCAUUGCGCACAAUACACUACCCCGAUUUAGCUAUACGUGUUACCUUAACACUGGGCAAAUUGUCACAAGCACUUUUUUUAUUAGCUGAUCAUUUCAUGUGGUUGGCUAGAACCGGUCUUUUCAAAAGCAUCAACACAAAGAAAUGGAGUAAAUUUGCUAACAAAUAUUGGCUCCUAUCGAUUAUUAUGAAUUUGUGCCGAGAUGUAUAUGAGAUUUAUCGUUUAUUAGAUUUGCACAAAGCCAGCGUUAAGAGUGGCAUUUCACGUUGUAAUGCAGUGCCAAUGCGUUUAAAUUCUCCACGAGAAUUGAGUCGAAUUGCUUUGCAUUCAUAUGCUAUGAUACUUGGGCAUAAGGACGUAUUUGUCGAUACAGUGAAAAAUGUAUGUGACUUUUUCAUACCACUUACUGCACUUGGAUACACAAAUAUGUCACCACGCACAAUUGGAUUAUUGGGAGCUAUAUCGUCUUUGGCUGGAUUAUAUGCAUUAAUUGAGCCAAAAGCAAAAUUAACACCUGCUUAAUAACAUAACCAUAAUCAUUUUUUUGUGCUAAGAAAUUAGCAUUGUUUUUAGUAUUUUAAUACGGUGAUUAAAAGAUGUAGUUAUUUAAUCUUA